AUGCCAUUAUUAAUCACCAUUGAAGGAAUCGACGGCAGCGGUAAAAAAAUCUGGCAUUUACUAAAUGAAUCGCGAACGGAAGGAAAAAGUGAAAACAAAACAAUUGUUAUUGACCGCUAUAUUGAUAGCACUUUUGCUUACCAAGGAUUAGAAAAUGGGAUAAAAAUUAGUAGCAUUCAAGAAGUUGUGGAAAAAACUAGUGAUUUGCCUCUGCCCGAUAUUACCUUUAUCUUGGAUAUUGACCCCCGCACCGCCCACGAAAGAUUAAAAAACCGAAAAAAAGAAACGGGUGAAUAUAGUAAUUGGGAUAAAUUGGACUUAGAUUUUCAUCACAGAAUUAGGAAUCAUUAUUUAGAAUUAAAAAAAUUUUUUCCAGAGCGAAUUUGUAUUAUUGAUGCUAAUAAAAAUGAGACCGAAAUACUGACCGAAGUUCAAGCAGUAAUUAAAGGAUGUUUGCCAGAAAACACCAGUGAGAAAGGCGAAACUCCGGAAAUUACUGCUCGUCGGGAAGUAUUUGAAGAAACUAAUUUAGUGGUCGAAAAUUUAGAAAAAAUUACCGAGGGAAAGGUUUUUUAUGCUAAUUUGCCCCCUGGUAAUCAGCACUGGCAAGGUUACUUUUUUCAGGCUUAUAAAUACUCCGGCGAAAUCCGAAAUAAGGAAGUAGAAAAAAUAUUGGAUAUUAAAUUUUUAGAUUAUCAUUCUCCUAAGGCUCUAACCAGCGGACAUGCUUACCAAACCAGAAAAUAUGGCAAAAAAAAUGAACCAGUCGCUUAUGAUAGUCCCCUUAUUUUAGUGGGCGGACAAGAAAAUUAUGAACCUCGUUCUUUAAGUUCUUACGGUGCGAUUAAAUUAGUUAAUUAUGCUAUCAAAACUUUCAAGGAAGAAAAUAGUUCCGAAUUAAAUAAAAGAGUAGCCCAAGAAGAUAAGAAUUUUAAAGAAUUAAGCGAUAAUGUGGAAUAUAUCAAAACGGUUGGAGCAGAAAAAGAAGCAAUCAAAAAAAACAAUAACGCGUUAGAUAGUAAUCUGAAAAAAAAACUUCCUUUUGUUUUUGCCAAAGCCACUUAUGCUACCAUUCCCACUCACGGAGGUUAUGAUACUUACUGUGCUAGUUUGAAGCAAUUAAAUAAGUCGUUUAUUAUUUUAGAGAAAAACGCUGAUUUUCCGGCUAAAUCUACUAAAAAAUUACUACCAAAAAGUUCUGAUAUUAAUUUGGAAAAGGUGGUUUUUUCUUACCCUGAAACUAAGAAAAAAGUAUUAGAUAAUUUCUCUUUUACUUUUGAAAAAGGUGAAAAGUAUGGAAUAGCGGGACCGAACGGAGUAGGAAAAAGCACUUUAUUUCGUUUAGGUAACAAUAUACUCUAUCCUGACCUCUAUCAAGAAACUAUUCAUAAAAAAAAGUUAGAAAAAAUUGCUAAAAAACUAGGAAUGAAAGAGUUUAUGGAUAAAUUGCCCGCUCGGCAAAAUCUAUCCGAGGGACAGAAACAGUUAGUUAGUUUAAUGAGAGUGUUUAUUAAGGAUUAUCAGAUUUAUCUUUUUGAUGAAUUUUUGAGUAAUGUUGCCACCGACUUAAAAGAGAAAAUUUUGCCAAUUGUUUUUCAAGAAUUAGACGGCAAGACAGUUAUAGUUAUUAGUCAUGACCCAGCCACGCUCCAAUAUCUCAAUGAAAUAUACCAAUUUACUCCGAACGGAUUGAAAAAAAUAAACCAAAAAUAUGACCGAAAACAAUCAACUAAUAAAUAUAAAUCGGAACUAGUUUCCCACGCUGGCGAAAAAAUAACCGCGAUACCCAUCAAAGAUAUUCAAGAAAUAGAAAAGUAUAAAGAAAAAUUUACCAGUGUUUUUAUUGAUGAAAUACAUUUUUUUCCACCGGAGGCGAUUUCUUAUUUAAAUGAACUAGUUAGGCAAAAUAAAGAAAUAAUUGUCGCGGGAUUAGAUUGA